CUGCUCCACGGAUUAUCCCACUUCCACAGCCGGCGGGACCCGCGGGUGCACAAAACGCUCAGCAGCGCGCCGCAACGACAGGCUCAGCUGCACGGAACGGCUACCUGUCAAUUUUCACCAUCUACGCGUCUAGCGCCGGCAAGAUCAUGACGGGCAUACCAUUGCUCCCCAAGUUGCGACAAAUCGCCGAAGAAGAGCUGGGAGAAACGGACGAGGUCAGGCAGCAGGCCCUGGACGAUCUCACCAAGCUUCUGAACGAUGAGCCCGGACUCAACUGGCACAACGACCCCGACUUUCUGCUCCGGUUUCUCCGCGUGCGGAAGUACAACGUUGAGGCAGCAUUGAAGAGCAUCACAAAGUACUACCGCGUCCGGGGCAACUGUGGACCCAUUUUUGACGACUUCAGGCCUUCAACUAUUGUUCCAGAGUGUAGAGAUAUAGCAGCUGUUCUACCUCACCGAGAUGCACAAGGCCGGCAAAUUUUGCUGAUUAGAAGUGGCAUCUGGAACCCCACUGUGGUGCCGCAGAUUGAUGUGCAUCGAGCCUUUAUGCUGUGUCUGAAGCACCUCGAGCGAAGCCCAUCAAGUCAAACGGCCGGGGUCGUUAUCAUCAUUGACUACGAAGGGUUCGGCGUUGAGCACGCUAUCAACUGCAAAUUGGGCCUCAUGAAAGACCUAACGGACUACGUACAGGAAAGCAUGCCGUUGCGUCUGCGGGCAGUGCACGUCGUACGAGAGUCGAGGGGCUUCGACUUCUGCUUCGCUCUCGUGCGUCCGUUCUUGAACAGCAAAAUUAUCCAGAGGAUACAUUUCCACGGGCACAAGAUGGAAGGGCUCCACGAACACAUUCCAGCUAGCAUACUGCCCGAAGCUUACGGCGGCCUGGUGUCUGACACAGUGUUCCAGAAGUUUUGGUUGCAACUGGAAGCCGAGGAGCACUUUUUUGCAGAAGAUAUUAAAUACGGCUACAAGAAGAGCGACAGCUGCGAUACAUCGUCGGAGCUCGCAAACAUGAUAGUAACACACCUGUGAUACGAAGAGGAAUGCUGGUACGCGGACCGCCCAACCUCGGACCACUGAUCCGCGAUUUUAGACAUCGACGAAUGUGACUACGUAUUUUAUAGGCGAGUUAUUACCUGGGCAGAAUAAUGGGAACACCAGUGCAAUAAGUAUGUGCAUUUGACCCACACUUAUUGGGAGCAUUCCAAGAUUUUAUAGAUGUUCGGGCGAGCAGCAGAGUGAUCUGUGAUGCGCAGCUAAAUCAACACCACGACCUUCCUUCGCGGCGUCCUCUUGUCAGCAUUUUUGCAAUCUUCCUAAAGCGGGUGCCUUCUUCUAUUUGCUGUGUCACUCUAAUUUCCCUGACAGGAGGAGGAAGAGGAUAUUGUUGACUGCAGGCGUGUCUAUAGCCUUACUUAAAUUGCCAGCAAUCGCUCCAUCUAAGCGCCGCUUUCGAUGUGUUUGAAUACGCUAAAAACAACAGGCACGUCGUUUAGUGCCACAUCAUUUAAAAAGCCAGCGCGAGACAGGCGAACAAGACAUAUUGCACAAAGAGGCGGAAGAGGCGGUAAGCAGCCAACUUGAGAGCGAUCCAGCGCACAAAUGACGGCCCACCUAGCGCAUCACAAGGCCCUCAAAUGAAUCCGCUGAACGUUAUCACCACUCUUGAGCAAAAUGUACAUCACCGUCAACAGCUAAGUGCCUCCUGAACGUUCAGUGUCCUCGCGGGUACCCAAUACAGUUGUUUGCAACCAUGCACGAUUAAAUCUUUCUCUGUGUCUAACGCUUCUCUACGUGUUGCCACUACAACAUCCAAACACUGCAAGACAUUUGCGUUCUGUGUCGAUACGUUACGUACCGGGCCGUCAGUCCUUGCAGUCAGUCACACGGAGUCACCAUGUAGCGAGCGAGUGACGCAUUGUUUCUUUGCCUUCAUCAUGCCGGGCUUGCAGGUUUACUUAUGUUAUGUUGAGACUCGGGAAGCGUUAUUUGGCGUGACGUUUCAUAAAUAAUCAAACCACCUUAUAACCGCUUUGAUUCGGUAAGUGACAGGAAACGUAUAUCCGUCACGUAUUUUAGACGUAUGAAAACAAGGGGCACUAUAUGCUUCACUAGCAUCGACUAUACUGGAUGCCAAGGCGGACACGCCGUGAAUCGUGCGGAUGUACGUAGCGCAGAACAGUAGUAGACUGCGGAACUCUUUUGCCAGGCCACCCUAGAUACCUCACAUUCCCUGGUACCUUGUGUCUGCCGUUCUCCCAAACCCGUUCCCCAGCAUAGAGUAGAAGGCCAGAGAUAUCCCGUUCGCUUCUAAUUUAAUAAUUAAUUAAUUGUAUAGUUUAAUUCCCAUAACAAAAUUAUCGCAAGAAUAAAUAUACAGGCGCGGACCGUG